AUGGCGGCAAGAUCGCAACCCCAGGCGUUUACGUCUUCGUAUGCGCCUCGCCUACGAGUCUACAACAACUCAUUCUUGACCCCCAAUAUCCACUCUGCUGCACCAUCUGGGCCCCUCUCAAGGACCACAAAGCGUGGUACCACCGUUAUCAACUAUGCUGAGGAUGGUUACGAUGACUAUGAUGACGACGACGAUGAUAGCCGACGGCGACCCACUGGCCUUCGAAGUCUGCGAAGGGACGAUAGCGCGGCCAAGAUAGAUCCAACUGACAAGGUUGGUAAGGAGACGUCGUCGCCGGUAGAGAUGCAAGGAAUAUUCAGAGACUGGAUGAUCAAGAGCAAGAACUCCAAGUCAGAUAUGCAGAACUAUGCACAGGCCUGUCUUCCACUCACCCUUAUUCCGAUCCGGAUCGACGUCGACAUUCCGGCCUUUACGCCCAAUCCUCCCUUCAUCCCUAUGCCGAAUCAGCCCGGAUACGAUCCUACAAACCCCAUGUACAAGACCCCCGAGACGACAGUGCCAUACAGACUGAAGGAUACAUUCUUGUGGAAUCUCCAUGAGACUUUAAUCACCACCGACCAGUUCGCUACGACACUGGUCCAGGACCUCGACCUCCCAAAUCGCAAUACCAUCAUUGCCGAGAUCAGCAAGCAGAUCCGAACGCAGCUAGAGGAAUAUGCUGGAGUUGCUCUACACCCGCUCUUUCACUCACAACAUCAGAGCAGCGCUCCUGAGGCGCCUAAACCUGCCGCAAACGGCGGUCGCGAUUCUUCGACACCAAUUCCUGCUGCAGGUGGUAGUCGCGCGGACACUCCACGAAACGGUUUACCACACGUUCCAUCUACGCCGUCCAAGCUGGGCCCAGGAACGCCGGUUCCAGGCUCGGUCUCUGCACCAGCGCCGGUGCAAGUUGGUGUGCCAGAGGUCACGGCUACAGCUACGCUCAUCUCGGACGACCCCGAGGAAGAUGACACUGAACACAAUCCGGAUGACACCUACCGCUGCAUCAUCAACCUCAACGUCAACCUUUCCAACCAGCUCUACACAGACAAGUUCGAGUGGUCGCUCUUGCACCCACCUGGCACGGCGGAGGCAUUUGCGAAGCAGACAUGCGCCGACUUGGGACUUACAGGUGAAUGGAUUCCUGCUCUGACGCACGCCAUCUACGAGGCGGUUUUGCGUCUGAAAAAGGAGGCUUGCGAAGCUGGUGGCCUAGUAGCUGGUUGGGCGGGGUCCGGGGCUGUCGGUGGCGCAGAGUUCCCUAACGAUGCGCUGAUGACGGUGGGCGGCGAAGGCGCUGGCUGGCGUUACGAUCCCGAACAGCUGGCAGAUGAGUGGGAGCCAAAGGUUGAGGUCUUGUCCAAGGAAGAGAUCGAGAAGAGGGAGGGCGAUCGCGAGAGACAAAUCCGACGAUUGCGCAGAGAAACAGCGAGAUUCAGCAGUAAUACAGGCAUGCUGGGCGGCGUGCCGCUGGGCUUUGGCUUCGGUGGUCUCAUUGAGCAAGAAGAAGAGCGAAUGGGCAGAGGCGAGCGAAGUAAGAAGAAGAAGCGUUUCCGAAGCUUGUCGCCCCUUCGCUCGGGAACACCCGGCGGCCGAGGUACACCGGACGUAGGUGGCGGUGGUUAUGGCGGUGGUGGAACACUCACCGAGCAGGAACGACUGAACUGGCGAUGCAGCCACUGUAGGGUCUGGGGAAGCAGCGUCUGGGCAGUCAGAGAUGGCCCGUACGGGGCGAGGAGCCUCUGCAAUAACUGCGGCUUUAUGUACGAGCGUGAUCGGAAGCUACCCCGGUGGACCAAAAAUCUACAUUAUGGGGAUUUGCGCCAGGUUUAA